ACCCCUCCCCUCCUUUCCCCAGAACUGGCAGUGCGCGUACGGCGGCGGCGAGACAAUGAGAGCGUUGUCUCGGUGUGAGGAGGGGGCGGGGUUCUGCGCAUGCGCCGUGCAGGUAGCGCGGCUGCUGAUUGUGUCUGGGAGCUAGGCGCAUGCGCAGCGCGUGCAGCGGAGAGUCUUUGUGUGAUGGUGACUCUCGGUGGACCCAUCACCUGGAUACAAGCUGCAUUUAGAGUUGGGCUCCAAAGGCUGCUCUGCACUCUGAAGUAUUGUGGUCAGGUAUCUCCAGCAUGGUGCAGCGCAUAGAAGACUCCUCCUUCCAGCGUGCCUCAGCAGUAACAUGCACUGAGGCAUUUAGAUAGUGCCACACCACCGAGGCGUGUCACCCUAACCCUGUCCCAGCUCACACUCAGCACUGAGUUUAUGUGGCUGCCGCUAUGGAGGCGUUUGGCCCGGUCAUGCUCUACUUGCUACAAGUUGAGGAGGAGGAAAAGAAGGACCGACCGCUUCGGAGGCCGAAGAAGAACCUGAAGCUGCCGCCCACAGAGAAACCACGGCCAAAGCUCAAGCGGCCUCCGGCACUGAAGCCCCAAGUGCUUGGGAUAAGGAGGCCACGCAUAUUCCGGGAACGCACAGGGAUGGAAGGGCUGACGGACGAGGAGGUGGUGGAAAGGUUCCGGCUCACCAAAAGCACCAUCAUAGACUUGUACGAGUUGAUCCGGGUGGACAUUGACCCACUGACGCAGAGGAGCCACGCCAUCCCGGGGAUUGUGAAACUGUUGAAUUGUCUUCACUUCUUCUCCUCUGGAUCCUUUCAGACCAAAGCUUCGGCCAUUGGAGGGGUCUCGCAGUCAACUUUCUCUCGGUUCCUGGUGCCGGUAAUCCAGGCCUUGAAGAAGCACGUUCACACUUUUAUCAGCUUCCCAACGGACAAAGCCGGCUGGCAGCAACUAAAGCACGGCUUCCGUCAGGUGUCUGGCCUCCCGCACGUCAUGGGGGUCCUGGACUGUAUCCACAUCGCGCUCUCAGCACCCCACGAGAGGGAAGAAAUCUACCGGAACAAGGAGGGCUACCAUUCCGUCAACGUACAGAUGAUCGUGGACAGCAACUGUAAGAUCCUCAGCUUGUUCUCCGCCUUCCCCGGAAGCUCUCAGAACUCCUCCAUCCUCCGGCAGUCUUCCGUCUACGAGGGGUUUGAGAGUGGCCGGCUCCGUGGCGGCUGGCUUCUGGGUGGCACAGAAUACACUUGCCGGCCUUGGCUGUUGACGCCAGUUGCAGAACCCACAACGGAGUCUGAGACGUCUUAUAACGAGGCGCACAGCAACUCCCGAGCCGUGAUAGACAAAACAUUUAAGAUGUUAAAAAGUAGAUUCAAGUGCUUGGACAAGUCGGGUGGGGGGCUGCAGUAUGAUCCCACCAAAGUGUCUGAUAUCAUCGUAGCCUGCUGCAUCUUACAUAACCUCUCCAUUAUUCACAACCUGGCGCCCAAAGCCGAGGAGCCGGCAGAUCGUACCGUGAAGCCUGCGCCAGAGCCUGCGGUUGGUGGGAACGCACAGGAUAUACGGGCGCGGAUUAUCAGAGACUACUUCUCCAGUGAGUGACGCCCCCUGCUCUCAUAGUGGACUCUUAGCCGUAUAUCUAGUAUAGUUUAUUUCCUUCUCGAGAGACGUUCCCCAAUGUGACUAGUCUCCCCCCGAAUUUAUAUUCAUCACUUCAAUUUCCACACGAAUCACACAUGUGACGGAGCUCCUGUCACGCACAGCCCUGACAACUGGUGGAUUACACUCAUUUGUGGUUUUAGAAAACAAUGUACGCUUUAGUGCGGUAUGAGUAUGGCGCUGCUCGUCAGAUAUGAGAUCACUGUCUAUAAUGGAUGGGCUCUUGCACUAUAUUAAUGCUUCUUGCCCGUUCCGGGGGUUAUCUCAUUCUGAAACUAUUCAGGUCUGUCUUCCAAUACUUUGCCUCAAAAUGGACUAUUCCUGAGCCCCACAGUUCUGGAAAUAGACCGAUCCAAAGACAUUCUCACAGUUAUGGAAAUGGACCAAACGAGAGACUUAUUCAUAUAGUUCUGGAAAUUGACCCAUCCAGAUACAUAUUCUCCUACAGUUCUGGAAAUGGACUGAUCCAGAGAUCUAUCCCCGCAGUUCUGGAAAUGGACUGAUCCAGAGAUCUAUCCCCGCAGUUCUGGAAAUGGACUGAUCCAGAGAUCUAUCCCCGCAGUUCUGGAAAUGGACUGAUCCAGAGAUCUAUCCCCGCAGUUCUGGAAAUGGACUGAUCCAGAGAUCUAUCCCCGCAGUUCUGGAAAUGGACUGAUCCAGAGAUCUAUCCCCGCAGUUCUGGAAAUGGACUGAUUCAGAGAUCUAUCCCCGCAGUUCUGGAAAUGGACUGAUUCAGAGAUCUAUCCCCGCAGUUCUGGAAAUGGACUGAUCCAGAGAUCUAUCCCCGCAGUUCUGGAAAUGAACUGAUUCAGAGAUCUAUUCCCGCAGUUCUGGAAAUGGACCAACUCCAGAAGCAUCCCUACUCAUUUGGAAAUGGUCUGGUCCAUCGCUGUAAAUGUACUAGAUUCCAUAAUAUUCCCCAGGUUUGGAGCCUGUGAUAUCCUAACAGAUUAAUGAAUGAGUUCCGUUUUCCUACAGGCUGUAAGAUAGGCUUAGGUGUAAAUAUUAGUAGCCUGCGAACUGCAGACAUUGGUGGGUUCACAGGGAAUUUGCCGAUAAGUUAAAGUAACAAAAGCCUAAACCAGGUUGGCUUUGCUCUUUUAAAUCUUGAAGCAGUCUCUCCAGGAACCCACCAAUGUCUGCAAUUCGCAGACUAUUACAUUCACCCCUAAGCCUGUGAGGGAUUUAUCUCAUGAUACCCUAGAGUUGUUUGUAUUAUUUCAGGGUUAUCAUAUGUCCAGCACAUUCAAAUCUACAUCUUCAAAAGCCACAAUUUAGAGGAAUUUCCCUACAAGCCAAGAGUGUGUCCCUACAGGCCUGGAGAUGGGCGAUUGCUGUGGUUGUGUCCCUACAGGCCUGGAGAUGGACUAUCCUGGUUGUGGUGUCCCUACAGGCCUGGAGAUGAGCAAUCCAGGUGGUGGUGUCCCUAUAGGCCUGGAGAUGAGCUAACCAGGUGGUGGUGUCCCUACAGGCCUGGGGAUGAGCUAUCCAGGUGGUGGUGUCCCUACAAGCCUGGAGAUGAGCUAUCCAGGUUGUGUUGUCCCCACAGGCCUGGAGAUGAGCUAUCCAGGUUGUGUUGUCCCCACAGUCCUGGAGAUGAGCUAUCCAGGUGGUGGUGUCCCCACAGGCCUGGAGAUGAGCUAUCCAGGUGGUGGUGUCCCCACAGGCCUGGAGAUGAGCUAUCAAGGUGGUGGUGUCCCCACAGGCCUGGAGAUGAGCUAUCCAGGUGGUGGUGUCCUCACAGGCCUGGAGAUGAGCUAUCCAGGUGGUGGUGUCCUCACAGGCCUGGAGAUGAGCUAUCCAGGUGGUGGUGUCCCCACAGGCCUGGAGAUGAGCUAUCCAGGUGGUGGUGUCCCCACAAGCCUGGAGAUGGGCUAUCACUAUGGUGGUGUCCCCACAGGCCUGGAGAUGGGCUAUCCUGGUGGUAGUGCCCCCACAGGCCUGGAGAUGGACUAUCCUGGUUGUGGUGUCCCCGCAGGCCUGGAGAUGAGCUAUCCAGGUGGUGGUGUCCCCACAGGCCUGGAGCUGAGCUAUCCAGGUGGUGGUGUCCCUACAGGCCUGAGGACGAGCUAUCCAGGUGGUGGUGUCCCUACAGGCCUGGAGAUGAGCUAUCCAGGUGGUGGUGUCCCUACAGGCCUGGGGAUGAGCUAUCCAGGUGGUGGUGUCCCUACAGGGCUGGAGAUGAGCUAUCCAGGUGGUGGUGUCCUUACAGGCCUGGAGAUGAGCUAUUCUGGUGGUGGUGUCCCCACAGGCCUGGAGAUGGACUAUCCUGGUGGUGGCGGCAGCGUCUCUACAGGCCUGGGGAUGGGUUACCCUGGUGGUGGUGGUGUCCCUACAGGCCUGAAGAUGGGCUAUCCUGGUGGUGAUGUCCAUACAGACCUGGAGAUGGACUGUAUUGGUGCUGGUGCCUCUACAGGCCUGGACAUCCGUUAGCUGCGUAAAGAAGCAAACCCAGUGACUGACCAGACAGUGAUUGUUUUGUUUAUCUUGAAGUUAAAGGCUGAUGCGUUUCUCCACUUAAACAGGAAUUAUUAUUAUUUUUUUGUUGCAAUAACUACAAUUUGUUGAAAUAUUUAAUUUAACAGUGGCGAAAUUGUGCUGUUUCAUCCGGUUGUAUCUAAGUAUCUCUUGGAGAUUUAUGGCAUAUUUAGAUAUUAUUUCUAUGUCUAUAUAUGAUAUAUAGUAAAUGUUAGCACCAUUGUUCUGUUAUGUUUAUGUAAUUCUUGUCUUCAGCUGAUUCUGAGAGGUGUUAUUACUGCGGCCAGCCUACAAGGAGACCCCCGAUACACCGCCACAGAUAACACAUUAUAGUGCCUCCCUAAUCUCCGUGUAUGUGUACAUCACCACCUGCAUUCAAAAGCC